UUAUUUCCAGCUGCGUGGGCUCACAUUUUACAUCAGAGAAAACAUUUCCUCGUUGAGGGUGCACCGAAGCCAACAUGGGGAAGAUCGAGUGGGCUAUGUGGGCCAAUGAGCAGGCUCUGGCUGCUGGACUCAUUCUCUUUACCGGAGGCAUUGUAGGGGUGGCAGGGCUGUUCAGAGGGUGGCAGUUUGCUGCCUAUGCUGUUGCUGCUGGCCUCUUUGUGUGUCUGCUGGAGUACCCGAGAAGCAGAAGGGCAAAGGGCACUGGUGUGGAACGAAAGUGGCAGUACGGUUUGACUGUGUGUGUGAAAGCUUUCGGGCCUCUGACAAGGAACUACUACGCCAGAGCAUUUUUACAUGCUGCGCUAUGUAUUCCUGCUGGGUUUAUACUUGCUACUGUCCUAGGAUGUGUCUGCCUUGGUAUCGCCAGCCUCAUUUACCUCUCAGCGGCCAUCCAUGGGGAACACUGGGAACCCAUUCUCCCAAGGGUGGAAGUUAGAAGGCCAGCUCCAAGCAUUAAGAAUCCCCCUCAGAAUCCUCCACCAAGACCUCCAGCAGAGAUGCGUCGGAAAAAUAUCGAUGACUUGGAAGGUGCCUCUUACGACAACCCCAUGGCUGUCAUUGAUGAGAAGUAACCUGACUGGUUUCCUUUUCUUCAUCCUGCGGUUUUGCUGAAAUGCUUACAGAGGUUCAGUGAACCUUGUGACUACUGGUAAAACCGUUCCAUCAAUCGGUGACAGUGUGAAUGUUACUUGUUGGGGGGGGAAUGUCACAAUGCAUACAUUGCAGCUGCUAAAUGGAUCACAUAUAACAACUACAGAUGUUUAUAUAUCUACGCUUGUGAUUUUUCUUUUUCUGAUCCCUCAGCCUUAUCUAUUAGAGCUUUGCAUCCACUGGAAUGCAGUUACACACACCCAUUCAUGUAGUUCUAUUCCUCAACAAUUCGUUUGGGUGAAUUUGACAUUUAAAAAAAAUGCUUUGUACUAUAGUUUUCUCUACAUGAUGUAAAUAAAUCAUUAUUUUUGUCAGGUCUACA